UAGAUACAUUCUAGAAAUCAGUGAUUAAUUGUAUCAAUGGCAGGGGAGGAACAUUACUUGCAUGUGGUAAAACAACAAAAUCAUUAUAAAGCACAUAAAAAAGUAUAUAUUUAUAAUUGGGAAAUAGUUUCCAAUCAUGUCCUCCAAUGGAACAUGAUAGGAUGGACAGUCAUAAUUAUGGCCCUAUAUCUGAUACACAUGUGAAGCAAGCUUGCAUACGGUGGAAUUAUAUUGCAAAACAACAAAGAACGAUAGCUGUCGGAGGAGGCUUCUCGUCCUCAGCCAUUGAUGAAUUCGCCUGAAUACCAAAGAGGCGUGCCCGCUUGUGUGUUAUUCUGCGUGGGUGCGUGCGCGCCCCCUACUGUGUUUUCGGGACAAGCUUGAAACGGUCAAGUCGCAAAUUGGAUUUUACAAUGUAAAUAGAAAGUAGGAGAAUCAUUCGCGAAGUCGUAAAUAUCUAUUUAAAAUUACCUUAGACUGGGUACAUCAGUUAUUUACUGAACCAGCUAAUUGUGCAUUUUCUGAAACAGUCAUAUCGGUGUUUUUAGGAAUUACAAGGGAUUUAAAACAGAAUAACUAUGUAUCGGUCUCUGUAUGCUUUCCGAUCCGCGGAGCCCAACUCGCUCCACUUCGGGGCCGGGGAGGGCUUUCUGAUCCUGGAACGCAGCAACAAACACUGGUGGCUCGGAUCGCGCUGCAGUUCGGGCGAAACCGGCUACGUUCCCGCUUCUUACAUUGAAAGGAUUCAGGCUCCGGAGCAGGAUGAAGUGUUACAGUCUAUCGACAGGGCCAUCGAAGGGAUCCAUAACGUGGCCAUGAAGAACGGGGGCAAAUACAACCUGGAGCAGCGAGACGUGCUACAGAAGUUGAUCCAUCACAGGAAGGAGACCCUGUCAAGGCGAAGUCCAACUCCAUCCAGUCACAAGCAGGGCCUGCCCUCAUCUACCAGCGAACUGUCCCUCAGCCACACCCCUCAACCACCCAAUGGUGUCAGCCGCACCCUGUCAGAGAGUACCGACAAUGUUCAAGGGCUUUACCAGGUGCCUCCUCAGCCCCGCCGUGCAGCACCCAUAACCCCUCCCCCUCCUGAGAAACAAAGAGCCAGCCGACGCCCAGCAGAAUUUUCCAUUCCUCCUCCUCCUGGCCCUACCCCUCCUGCCGGGACUGGCCUGUCCCCCUCUGUCAGCUCCGCCUCCCUGGACUCUGUCUCCUCCCACUCGGUGGUGUCCUCUGAUGUCAGCCUGACAAGCGUUGCCAGCACCCCGCCCCCAGUGCCAAGCCGUGUGAAGCCCCCACCCCAUCCUCCAGACGACCUGCCCCCCUCUACCCCCUCUCCCCAGCCAGUUCCCUCAAAGAAGGGCCAUGCCCCCCAACCUCCACCACCACAGCCCACUCCACCACCACAGCCCACUCCACCACCACAGCCCAGCACCGAGGACCAAACAGAAACCGACUGGCCUCUUGCCCCGCCCUCUGUCGCUGAAAGCACCCCCGGAAGCCCCUCUCACUCAGAGCCUGUUCCCGGGACAACAGGGGCGGAGCUUAUUGAGCUGGUUCGGAGCAACACGGGCCUGAGUUACGAGCUGUCUCGGGUGGCGGUGGGUGUGGUCGUGGGUCACCUGCAGACCACCCUUCCUCAAGCCUCCUCUGCCUUAGAGAAGGUCCUCCUCUCAUUGGUAGAGAGCAAGGAUCAGAGAUCUGCGUUGCCACAGGGACAAGUGUGUCACGAUGAACAGCGCCUGGAGGUCAUCUUAGGCGACCUCGCCCGUCACGUUGACGACUCUCAGCAGCGCAGCUGGGCCCUUUACGAAGACCACUCCCUCAUCGCAUGUUACCUGGAGGAGCUGCUGAAGAUACUGACGGAUGCAGAUCCAGUGGUGUGUAAGAGGAUGUGCAGGGUCAACCACUCUGAGCCAGUGCUGUCACUAGUGUCCUACUAUCAGAUGGUAAGAGAUUCUACUCCACCACCGUCGCUACUGUUCUCCUGUUGCCCACCCAAGAGGACCACACUAUUGGAGCACCGAGUGUCUCUACGCCUGCUGUUGCUCAAGGUGUUUGGGGCGAUGUGUAGCCUGGACUCUGCCCUCAUCUCCACCCUCCUCAACUCCAUCCUGCCCAUGGAGCUGGCCAGAGACCUGCAGACUGACACACAGGAGCAUCAGAAGAUGUGCUACACAGCCUUGGUCCUGACUAUGAUCUUCUCUAUGGGGGAGCAGGUGCCAUAUCACCACUAUGAGCACUUAAACGCUAGCUUUGUUCAGUUCCUGCUAGAUGUGGUAGAGGAGGGUCUUCCCUCUGACCCCACGGAACAGCUCCCUGACCUCUGCGUCAACCUCAUCCUGGCCUUCAACCUGCACCUCACAGUGCCCAGCAGCAACGUGAUAAUGCAGACUUUGAUCAAGAAAAACGUGAAGCUCUUUUCUGAGAAAAUAGUGCUGCUACUAAACCGAGGAGAUGACCCUGUGUGUGUCUUUAAACAUGCUCCCCCUGCCCCACACUCAGUUCUUAAGUUCCUGCAGGAUGUCUUCGCCAGCAGAGACUCUGCUAACAUCUUCUACCGCGCGGACAUGAUGGUGAUGAUAGAUAUCGCUGUUCGAUGCAUCUCUGACCUCUCACCUGGGGAAAAGUUGAGAAUGGAGUACCUCGCGCUCAUGCACUCCGUCAUGCGCUCCACAGACUACCUGGAGCACCGGCACCGCCUCUCCGACCUGCAGGGCGCGCUGCAAAGGAUUCUAAGAGAGGACGACUCGGGAGCGGACGAGGGCGGGGCCACAGCCAAACAGAUGGAUAAGCUAAUAGUGCAGGAGAUCUACAAGGAAUUCCCUCAGAUCAGAGACACCUAGGACGACUGAAUAUGACAGCGGUGCUGUGCACUCAUGAGCCGGUAGUCUGUCUCCUUUAUUCCCGAAAGAUGGUACUGUGGCGCUUCCUAGGGUUGACGAAGGACUGUAGUCAGCUACUUAGUUCCUGAGUGUUACAACCCUCCGUCACACUUUUUACCAUUAUGACAUAAGAGAUGGCAUGAGCACCAGCUGUCACGGCGGUUUAUUGCGUCCUUCGUGUCAUGAUUGUGAUAAUGCUAUGUAGCUCUUAUGUCUGAGGAUUCAAGUGAAGAGUUACCCAACAGCAUACUGCAUUGUGCUUUAAAUGUGCUCCCUUGUACUGAGGGACCAAACUGCGGUGUGAACGGAGGGUCUUGUAACCCUGGGACUGGUGUGAACGGAGGGUCUUGUAACCCUGGGACUGGUGUGAACGGAGGGUCUUGUAACCCUGGGACUGGUGUGCUGUAUAUGUCUUCUUACUUUCAGUCUAUUCAUGUGUCUUGAUCACUCACUCUUAUUCCUCACCACCUGGCAUGGCCUCACAGUAUGUUACGAAGACAGUUCAAAGAAAAGACAAAUUAGGUGAUUAUACUGAUAACAAAACAUUCUGGUCCAGUUUGCUAGACACAGAUUAAGCCAAGUUCUGCAUUGAAAAGCGUGCUCAAUGGAGAAUCUACAUUAACUAGGCUUAAUCUGUGUCCUGGAAACCAGACCUCUGACAAUAAUACAUUCUAGGCUUUGAGGUUAGUUUAGUACUCACUAUUUAUUGCAAUGGCAAUGCUGCUACAUGAGCCUCAUUUACCUUAAAAUCUAUGGCUGUGAUUCUCUGACUGAGCACAACUUGUUACCUUGCUUUCGCCAUUACUAGUGACCUUGCUUUCGCCAUUACUUGUGACCUUGCUUUCGCCAUUACUUUUUACCUUGCUUUCACCAUUACUUGUUACCUUGAUUUCACCAUUACUUGUUACCUUGAUUUCACCAUUACUUGUUACCUUGCUUUCGCCAUUACUUGUGACCUUGCUUUCUUCCCUACACUUUAUCUACAAUAACCUCCACUCUAGGUAUGGCUAAAAUAUGACAUGCUCUAAAUUUGUCUCAACCAGACCACUCCUACUCUGCUCUGCUGCUUGUGCUGUAGAUGGAACGUAAUGGUACUGUAAUAACAAGCUGUAACACGCUGCUUCUACAUACUAAGCCUUGACUAACUUCCUAUAUAGCUAUGGCUCUCUGAAAUGGAAUGUAGUUAUUUAUUCAUAGGAAAUAAUAAGGAAUUGAUAAGAUUCGAUUGGUCAGUUUUUUUGUUGUUGUUUUUUUUAAAUGUAGUCUGGGGUUAACUAAGGGACUUGUCACCAAGAUUGAUUGAUUGCUUUGCCCUGGUCAUUUUGGUCUGAAAUCUAUCAGUUACCACAGUACGGUGUCUCUCCAUCAGAGCUCUUUCUCUCUUUGUGUCAGUUUAUUUUUACUUGGCUCUGUUAGAGCUAAUAGGGGAAGUGUUUAUGUGGCAAAAUAGUCGUGGCCGUCAUGAUGCACGUAUACCUUUUAACACACACUUAAAAGGAAGUGUUUACACAUAUAAACAUAUAUACCAGAGUGUGUUUUCUCUGACGUAUGUGUUUUUAUUAUCCGGUGUUAAUGCAUAAAGCUAUGCAUGUGCGUGUCUAUGUACGGUUUGUGUAUAUUUUCGUAACUAUGUAUGGUUUUAUCAUCGUCCCUGUAGGUUUGAGCCUCCAUUGUCCCUUAAGGUACGACUGUGUUAUAGCAAUAAAACCAACUGAACUAUAUUUUCCCAAUUAAAUAUAUCUGAAAUGGUUGUUCAGAGAGGGGUGACGCUACAAAGUGUAUUUUCUUAAUGUUUACAAUCAACUAAUAAACAUCUCAAUGAACA